UAUCCGGCUGUCCCUUCUCCCUGUCGUCUACGUCCCUUCCGCCCGCUACCUUCGGCUCCCAAGAUCCCCCCUUGUUCCUUCUCCCGGCCCUCUCCGCCUGGAUUUGAUCGCCGCCUGGCUGUGACCCCUUCCAGUUAGAUUCAUUUGCGAGUUCUUUAAUGCAAAGCUGCUGUUCAUUCUGUGGUUUGGCCGGUUGAUUUCUUGGUUGAUCCGGUGGAUUGGAGCGGGAGCGCGGCAAAAGGUGGCGCCUUGGUGCGACGCGGUCGCGGUGAAUUUGUUGCUUCUGCUGCUUGUGGAGUCAUUGUGAGUGGGAGCGAGGAGAGGCGAAGGUUUAAUCUGAUCUUGCGUGGGCGAGAGUGGUGGGGAAGCGGGUAAAAGGAGGCAGCUUUUCUUCUGUCCCGAUCGCAUUCGGGCGAUUCGUUCGUUCCCAGGCGUCUCGAUCUGACGCGUUUCUGUGGAUCGGCGUGAAGGAGGCGAGGCGGCUUGCUGUGGAUCCAGGAAGGAUUUGGUUGCGUUGGGUGGUGACGGGUGUUGUUGUUGCUGCUGCUGUUCUUGGCAUGAGCGUUGGAGAUGGGGACGGAUUACUACAAUGUGCUCAAGGUGAACCGGAACGCGACGGAGGAGGACCUCAAGAAGUCGUACCGGCGGCUGGCGAUGAAGUGGCACCCCGACAAGAAUCCCGGCGACGCCAAGGAGGCCGAGGCCAAAUUCAAGAAGAUAUCCGAGGCCUACGAGGUUUUGAGUGAUCCCCAGAAGAGGGCAAUCUAUGAUCAAUAUGGAGAGGAGGGCCUGAAGGCCUCUGUAGAUGGCGGUGGUUCCUCGUCCAUGAACGGGUCCAGCAACCACCGUUUCAAUCCUCGGAACGCGGAAGACGUGUUUGCUGAGUUCUUUGGCAGCAGCAAGCCUUUCGAGGGCAUGGGGCGAGCAAAGUCGAUGAGGUUCCAGACAGAAGGCGCUGGCACCUUCGGUGGGUUUGGUGGGAAUGUCAACAAGUUCAGAUCACACAAUGAUUCAGUCGGCACCAGCUCGAGUCAGGCUCGGAAGCCACCGCCUGUGGAAACCAAACUUCCCUGCACGCUUGAAGAUCUGUAUGCAGGUUCGACACGCAAGAUGAAGAUAUCCAGGAGCGUUGUGAAGCCUAAUGGCAGGCAACCAGGGACUGAAUCGGAGAUUUUAACAAUCGAUAUAAAGCCUGGCUGGAAGAAGGGAACCAAGAUAACAUUCCCAGAUAAGGGCAAUGAGCAGCCAAAUCAGCUACCUGCCGAUCUCGUCUUUGUCAUCGAUGAGAAGCCCCAUGAUCUGUACACAAGAGAAGGCAACGAUCUCCUGGUCUACCGGAAGAUUGAUUUGGUGGAUGCCUUGGCAGGAACCACUGUUAAUCUGAAGACCCUCGACGGACGUGACCUGGUGAUUAAGCUGACAGAUGUGGUGACACCUGGGUAUGAGCUUGUGAUCGCGAAGGAGGGGAUGCCUAUUGUCAAGGAGAAUGGGAGAAGAGGCAACCUGAGGAUCAAGUUCGAUGUUGAUUUUCCUAGGAGGUUAUCGUCAGAGCAGCGGCACAACAUUAGGAAGGUUCUUGGAGGUCAAUCUCAGCAGCAGUGAGCACACUUCGAAACAAAAUCAUCUGUCCCAUAAUUCCCCAUGAAAUGCAGACUAAUUCAGAUGUUCUCCUCGUUCUUUUAUUCAGCUGGCUUGUAUGUUUAGUUAUUUUCCCUUUGUUGUUGUUUUCCGAUCUUCUUGAUUGGAAAAAAUAGAAAUAUUGAAGACCACAUGUGUUAUACAAAAAUCUUGUCUUUGUGUCUUCAACUACAAAUUUCAAUGUUACACUUGUCCAACCCCCCUUUUCCC